AUGCCUAUACAGUCCUUAAUAAUCCUGGUUUCACAGAAGAGGAAAAAGCAACCUUACUCUCCUAUUUUGCCAAGAAUGAUGAUUUAUUAAAUUCAGCAAGCACAGUUCUUCGUUUAUGUACAACUGAUGAUGAGAAGUGUGCAUAUUUAAGGAGUUUAAUCUUUGAAUAUGAAGAAAAAAUGGCUAUACGCACUUAUUUCACUAAAAACUAUGCUUUAGUGAGUUCAGCAAAUGCCAUUCUUCGUUCAUGCUCAACUGAGAAAGAAAAAUGUGAUUAUUUGAAGAAUUUAAUCUCUGAAUCUG